AUGCCCAUGCAACCGCUAACAGACUUGCCCGAUCUCGAUCUUUCUGCCGUCACCACGCGCCAAAUCAACGAACUGAUUGGCAACACUGGUGGCAGCUCGAGUGACAGAGUUGUUUCUGCGUACUCAUCUUCGUCGUCUUCGUCAUCUUCAGGCUUGGACUCUGGAUCCGAUGACGAUGACGAAGAUCUCGCCGACCGAACACAAGAAACAGGAGACGGCAAAGAUUCAGAAGUCACUGUCGGUGUCAAACGCCGGCCCAGUACCACAGAAGCCAAGAAAAGGGUUCCUCUGGACGAUGGAGAGGAUGAAGAGCAAACCAGACCUCCCAUGAACAGGACCAUUUCGGACCCAUUCAUGAGUCCGGUGGAGAGUAGUACUGACAGCAGUGAUGAGGGCAGUGAUGAGGAAUUGAGCUUUGGAAGUCGGUAG